AUGGACACGAUCCAGGCCGAUGUAACAUACGUGAAGAACCCACUCGAUCUGCGCAACCAGAGAACCUUUGCGGUCAAGCCUGGCACAAACGGGAUGCUUGACGUUGCUAGACAGACAUACCAGGAAGGAUCCCAAGAUGUAUUGACUCUUGUGGAGAGUUUACAAAAUUCCCUUCAACUUGAUAUCACUCUCAAAUUCGACAGCAGCCGACUGUUUUACCUCAGGUUGAAGCCAAUAGAUUUUGUCAGCAGACCAGUUCCUGAAAUCUUUGUGAAUCAGAUUCGGAGGAAGGGCGCUAUCGAAUGUCAAACAAUGGACCUCAAGAAGUUGAACCAACGUAUCUCCGAUUCUGCAACGGAGGCUAUCCUCCAGAGUGACAAGGUGAUACAAGAGCUAAUUGAUAGCCUCCGAGUUCAGGUGCCACAUCUUUUUAGAGUGUGCGAAUCAGUGGCCCUCCUGGAUGUGAUCGCUUCUUUCACCCAGCUAGCCGCGCUGAAAGGGUACUCGCGGCCAGACAUUUCCGGGACCUUAGCAUUGAAGUCAGCGAGGCACCCUCUUCUGGAUGCGAAUGUUUCCGAGGUAUUCGUGCCGAACGAUUAUUACGCCACGGAGCAAUACCGCUUUCAGAUCGUGACGGGUCCUAACAUGAGUGGCAAAAGUACUUACAUACGGUCGGUUGCGCUGCUCCAAAUCAUGGCCCAGAUCGGCAGCUUUGUGCCGGCGGAUUACGCUGCUUUUGGAAUUGUCGAUAAAAUCUUUGCAAGAGUGACAACGGAUGACAGCAUCGAAUCGAACCUGUCAAGCUUUUCGUUAGAAAUGCGAGAAAUGGCUUUCAUUUUGAGAAAUGUGGACAGCCAAAGUAUGGCAAUCAUCGAUGAACUCGGGCGCGGAACAAGUACCAGAGAUGGGCUAGCCAUCGCGCUUGCCAUAUCAGAGGCUCUGUUGGAAAGCAAUUGUAUGGUUUGGUUUGCUACGCAUUUUGUCGAUCUCGCGGAGGGACUCGCCGACAGACCUGGAGUCAUGAAUCUCCACCUUGCUACACAGGCAUCCCUUGCGGGGGGCAAAAUGCCCCAUAUGUCAAUGUUGUACAAGGUGGCAACGGGAACGGUCAAGGAGAGGCGCUACGGAAUCGCACUUGCGAGAGCCAUUGGCCUCCCCGAAGACCUAGUCAACGACGCCGAGAGGAUUUCGAAAGCUCUGUCAGAGAAACGGCAGGCGAAGCAGCAAAAUUCCGAAUACAGCAAGACCCUGCGACGAAGAAAGCUUGUCUUAAAUCUCCAGGAGACCCUGCGUCACGUAGUGGAGUCGGACGUGGACGAGAAGGCCUUCAAAAGCUUCCUAAUCCGCCUUCGCGCAGAAUUUAUUACGAAAAUGUCAGCGAUCGACGGAGGAGACGUUGAAAUGUCUCACAUUGAGACCUGCGAGCAGGGCUCCGAGCAGCAGGUUCCAACCGAUAUAGAAGAUGGGGAUAUUGAGGUUGAGAAUGACUGGGAUAUUUAUUCAAGCUAA